UAGUAAUUUGAGUAUCUCUGUAGCUCGCACGUUGUUAACUACCAGAUAAAGGAAGACGAAAAACAUAAACAACUUCUCAUCAUAGCACGAGGAUUAUUAUUUUAACUAUUUAAAUAUUGUUAAUGUUCAAAAGUUAAUAUGUCUGGUUUGUGCGAGAAAAGUUUUGCGGUUGCCACGAAAUUCAGCAAUUUCUAUGCGGGAGGAGAUGUUGCCUGGUCUGAUGAUGGCGAACGUAUUUAUUGCUUGAAUAAUACGGAAGUUUGUGCCAUAAAUGUUUCCACGGGUCAACUUGUACGUGCAUAUGGUACUAAUGUAGAAGUUGUGGAAAGCGAUUUAUCAAUUGGCAAUAACGUUGGAAGAACAGAUGAUGAACAGUUGGAAGAUGAAAUUCCUUGCUUUUCACUUUCACCGGAUAAUACAUUACUUGUGACUGCCCAUCGAAGUGGAUUGUUGCGUUUAUGGUCUGUUGAUAGUGGAAAAGUUGUUAAAUUAUGGAAAGGCCAGCAUAAAGGGCCAAUUGUUAAAGUACAAUUUAGUACAUGUGGCAAAAUCAUAUGUUCAAGUGGUGCCGACUCCUCAUUGCGCAUAUGGGACUAUGUCCAUAGCACAUGUAUGUGUGCACUACGUGAAUUUAGUGGACCUGCAUUAGUCGUAGCAUUCCAUCCAGAUGUUAAACGGAAAGAAGUGUAUGCUGCUGGUUCUGACAACACGAUUUAUUGUUGGAAUUAUGAAGAAAAACGUUUAGUACGUCAAAUGCGUGGACAUCUCUCACAAGUUACGGCUUUCACAUUUUUAGGCGGGGAAAAUGGCUACGAUUUUCUAGCUUCUGUAAGUCGUGAUAAAGUUUUAAUUGUAUGGCGUCUUGCCGAUGCUACACAGCAUAAAGUUAUACCAAUGUUUGAGGAGUUGGAGGGCGUAGCAAGUUUGGGUAACAUUAGUAAAAACGCUGAUGUGCUUAAUGUAAUUGUGUCAUGCGCUUCGGGUGCCUUAAAAUUGGUAGAUUGUAAAACAUCAAAAUUAACAACUUUGACUGAAGAUAACAGCCAAGAAUUUCGUCAAUUAUUACAAUGUAAACGCACUGAACAAUUGGCUGUGGUUACAGUGGAACAAAAUAUAUUGAUUUACAAAGCAACUGACGAAUGUGUGGCAGCAAAUAAGCUAGAAUGUACAAAACAAUUGAUUGGUUUCAACGAUGAAAUACUCGAUAUUUGCUUUUGGGGUGAGAAUGAUCGUUUCCUAGCGGUAGCAUCUAACAGCAAAAAUAUUAAAAUUUACGAUACCGAAGCCAAUAUGAACUGCAAAAUUGCAAGUGGUCACAGUGAUACUGUUAUGACACUAUCAGCUGCGGGCGGUACUAACCUCUUACUUUCAGCCGGCAAAGAUUUGAGCAUAUGUUUAUGGAGAGUAAAUCCAAAUACGUUUACACUCAGCUGUGUCGCACGCCAUAACAGCAGUCACACUUCCACUAUUGGUUGUCUAGCAUUUGGUUGUAAUACCGCUGCGUUUUUCGCAUCGGUCUCACAAGACGGCAGUCUUAAGGUAUGGAAUUUGAAGAAAAACAAGGAUGCGCAACACUCCUUCAAUUUGAAGUAUUCGGCAUUGUCCCACGACAAGGAGGUGAACAGCGUCACCUUCUCACCAAAUAAUAAGUUAUUGGCCACAGCAUCGCAAGAUAAAACAGCCAAGCUGUGGAGCGCUGACAGUAAUACAUUGGUUGGUACACUGCGUGGUCAUACGCGUGGAGUUUGGUGCGUGCGCUUCUCACCAGCCGAUCAAGUGGUUCUAACAUCUUCGAGCGAUUGUACACUACGCCUGUGGUCUCUAGCUACAUUGACAUGUAUUAAACGCUUCGAACAAGAAUGUACCGUAUUGCGUGCUGAAUUCAUAGAUUAUGGCAAAUAUAUUGUGUCUGCUGCAUCUGAUGGUCUCCUCAAGUUGUGGAGCAUAAAAACAAAUGAAUGCGUGCAAACGCUAGAUGCGCACACCGAUCGUAUUUGGUCGCUGGCCAUAUCCGCACGCAGUGGUAAAUGCUUUUAUAGCGGCGGUGCGGACUCCAAACUGAUACAAUGGCAGGAUGUGACAACGGCCUGUCGCAAUGAUGAAAUAGAAAAACGUGCCGAAUUGGUGCAACAAGAGCAAACAUUGCAAUCGUUGCUGCAUCAGAAACAAAAUUUAAAAAAAGCCUUCAUGCUAGCGCUAAAACUUGGCAAACCUAAAACAACUUACAACAUUCUGAGCGAAUAUGUGCGUGCGCGCAAUACAGAACCGGUGCGCGAGUUAAUUAAUGCGCUGAACAGUGAUCAGCGUGUUACGCUCAUGGAGCAUACCAAAGCGUGGACUACAAAUUCACGGCACUGUAAAAUUGCCAAUCUUGUUUUGCAUUAUUUACUCAACGAUUGCAUUGCCGCACCUACGGAGCAUGGCGUUCCAGGCAUGCGUAAUGUAGUGGAAGUACUCACGCCAUAUCUGCAGCGGCAUCAUAAACGUGUCAAUGAGCUAACCAAGGAAUUGAUGUUUCUCGAAUUCAUCGUCAAUGGUAUUUAAUUACAUAUAUUGGAUGUCAGUUGUAGUUGAUUGAUUUACACGUAUAAUUCGCUAAAAUUGUGUAUUAUGAUUGCUUUAAUGUAAAGUUAUGAAUAAAAUUAAACAAAAUAU